AUGUCUCUAUUCGGCAUCUACAUUAUAGCAAUUAAGAAUGGUUUUAUCUACUCAGCUCCUUGGAUUCCUAUAACUAUAUUAUGUGGCAUUAACUUUUUUGGAGCUUCAGUCAUUAUUUUGCCAUGGAUGUUACUUAGUGAAGUUUUUCCAAACAAAGCCCGAGGUAUUGCGACUGGCUCAUCUGCAGGAUUGUCUUAUUUAUUAAUAUUCAUAUUAACAAAAUCAUACAUAGAAAUAGAGAUUCUAUUGACCUUGGAAUACACUAUGGUUCUCUUUGGUUGUUUGGGCAUUUUUGGAUCACUCUACUUAUACUUUUAUUUACCAGAAACGGAAAAUAAAACACUAUUAGAAAUCGAAGAAUUUUUUACAUAA